AUGCUCUUUGCCCUUGCUGCUUACACAGCAGUCGUCACCGCCGCUGCCCUACCGGAAAAUGAGAGGCGUCAAUUCUCACCCGUCGUCGAGCUCGACACGGCGACCGUCACCGGAUCAUCCCUCCUGGGGAUCGACUCUUUCAAUGGCAUCCCAUUCGCCCAGCCUCCAGUCGGCAACCUGCGUCUGCGCCCACCGCAGCCAAUCACCGCCAAUCUCGGCAAAAUCAACGCGGUCGGUAUGCCCAAAUCAUGCCCACAGAGCAUCCAAUCGUCUGAUUUGCAAAAGCUGCCACCUGGUGUUGUUCAGACACUUCUGAACACUCCCUUGUUCACGGCUGUGUCCGGCGCCAGCGAAGACUGCCUCACGCUCAAUGUUCAGAGGCCCUCUGGCAUUGCUGCCGAUGCCAAACUUCCCGUCUUUGUGUGGAUCUAUGGAGGCGGCUUCACCGCCGGCUCUGCUGGUAUGUAUGAUGGCUCGGGCUUAAUUCGUGCCUCUCAAGCCAGCUCGAGCAUCGUCUAUGUCGCUCUGCAGUACCGCCUCGGUGGCUUUGGUUUCCUGCCUGGCAAGGAAGUGCAGGACUCAGGUAACGGUAACCUCGGUCUGCUUGACCAGCGACUUGCCUUACAAUGGGUGGCCGACAACAUUGCCAAGUUUGGUGGUGACCCCGACCGUGUCACUAUCGGAGGCGAGUCGGCCGGUGCCAUCUCUGUAUUUGACCAGUUGGCCUUGUACGACGGUGACAACACGUACAAGGGCAAGCCACUCUUCAGGGGUGCCAUCAUGAACUCGGGCAGCGUUGUCCCCGCUGAUCCAGUGAGUUGUCCUAAGGGCCAGGUCAUCUACAACCAGGUUGUGCGAGAGGCUGGAUGCGCUGCCGCGGCAGACACCUUGCAGUGUCUUCGUGAGGUUGAUUUCGAUACAUUCAGCCGUGCUGCAACCUCGCCACCUGGUAUCUUUGACUACUCGAGUGUGGCGCUCAGUUAUCUGCCUCGACCAGAUGGUAAAUCAUUGACCGAUAGUCCAACGACACUUGUUCAGCAAGGCAAGUUCGCCAAGGUCCCAUUCAUCGUGGGUGACCAGGAAGACGAAGGUACUUUGUUCUCUCUAGUUCAAGCAAACCUGACCACAACCGCCGACGUUGUCGACUACCUUGGCACUUACUUCUUCAAUAACGCUCCCCGGGCUCAGAUCCAGAGCCUCGUGGACUCUUACCCAAACAACCCUAUUGCUGGAUCUCCUUUCCGCACUGGUCUGUUGAACAUUCUCUACCCACAAUACAAGCGCCUCGCUGCGCUUCUUGGUGAUGCCACCUUUACUUUAACUCGCCGCAUCUUCUUGGAACUUGCUGCACCUCAGGUUCCCAAGGCAUUCUCUUACUUGGGCUCGUACAACUACGGCACGCCUAUUCUUGGUAGCUUCCACGCGAGUGACAUUCUGGCACUCUUUUUUGUACCUGGAUACCCACAAGCCACAAUCCAACGAUACUACAUCAAUUUUAUCAACAACCUCGACCCGAAUGUGGGCGUGGAACCAACCGUUGCAUGGCCGCAGUGGACGGCUGCCAAGCAGUUGUUGAAUAUUGAGGCAUUGUCUAGCAAGCUUAUCCCGGACAACUUUAGGGAGAGCAGUGCUGCUGUCUUACGCUCGGGCGUCAGCGGUGCCUUCAACAUUUAA